UCCAACCAAACCUCCAGCAACCACCUCAGCAGGAACUGACGUCUCCUCUGUGCAAGUGGAUGGAAAAAUGCAGCUGCAGGAAAAAUGGCUCCAAACACCGCACCGCUGAAAGGUGUUUAAAGACUUGCUCCACAGUUCUUUGGGCCACACUGACUUAACAGCCGUCAUACUCAUGGCACCUUCCUCUUGACAGAAUGGCCCAGAUAUCAAGUGGUAAUGGGUUUAAGCUGGAUGUCCCCCAGCCAAAGGGGACUGUGGGUAAAGAGGAAGCCCUCCGCAUGGAAGAAGAGGCUUUAGCAAAAUUGCAAAGGGAGAAGAGACACACUCUUUCAACGUCAGCACCCUCAUCCUCCUCUGGAGCAUCCUCAUCCACCUCGAAACCAAAACCAUCUAUAUCUACCACUACUGCUCCUCAUCCUUCACCCUCUACCAACAGACCAGACAAGGACCUCAUUGUCUUCCCAGAGACCAAGAAACAAGUCGAGCAGGACAAGUUCAGGGAUAUUGAUGUGGAGAAGCUGACCAAUGAGGAACUUGAAAAGCUCCUACUUGAUGAUAACUUUGGGGCUAACAGCAAAGUGUCCCGCCCCUCACUGCUGGGGUUUAACCUCAGUGCCUCCUACCCUGGAGGCCACGUCUGUAGCUCCUCUCCUUUCCAGAGCGGCCAGUGGACACCUGUUCUGUCCACCCCAUCUAGUUCCAGUGUGUCCACUCCCACCCAUCAGCCUGCCCCAUUAUUCCCCUCUGCUCCUUUCCCCAAACCAGGCACAUUUCAAAAUGGUUUCACUCCAGCCAUGCCUCCCUUCAUGCCCCUGCCAGCGCAGCAGCCGUCCUUCAUGACUUUCACUCCCAUCCAGCCUGCUGCUGCAAUGGUCUUCCCGCAGCCAGCUGUGGACCCAGAGAUGGCAAAACUGUUUGACAAGAUUGCCAGCACAUCAGAAUACUUGAAGAAUGGCAGAGUGGCCAGCACUGACGUAGAUUCCACUCAAGCAGGCACAGCCUCUCUGGCACCCAACCCACCACCCCAACAGCCAGCAGUGGUGGAAUCUUCUCACAUCAGCCGCUUUGACUGGCUGGAUCUAGACCCACUCACAAAGCGUAAAGCUGAGAAUGAGGAAGCAUCCCCAGCAUCAGGAGGUACUGCACAGACAGUGUCAGGAGCUCCUGCAGGGGAUCCUUGGGACGCAGUGCUUGAGACUGAAGGAAACAGUAGUAGCAGCAGCCCCAAACCGGAGGGGAAAGCUUCACUGUCAGUUCGGUCACAGCACAGGAGGGCGUCAACAGGUGCAGCCGUCACGAGGAGUCACUCGCUCAACAUCCCAGGGACCUCCUCUCAGCAUAAACCAAACAAUCAGGACAAAGGAAAAGGUUUGGUAAAGAAUGUCGCCAUGGAGGAACAGGAUGCUCAGAACCUGGAGAUUGUCGACUUCUGUAAAGACGUAGCAACCCUGCGUUCCAAAUUCCCUCAUGGUGACAUUGCAACCAACCCCGGCUUCGUCCUCAGCCCUGUCAUCCCCCAGAGAGACAGUGGAGGUGACAAUAGCUGCUCUGUCAAGGUUUCUAUUGAAAUCUCUGAAUCUCAGCAGCCAGUAACCUUCACCUGUGACGUGAGUUCUCCAGUGGAGCUGUUGAUCAGCCAGACUCUCUGCUGGGUCCACGAUGACUUGGACCAGGUGGACUUUUCCAGCUACUUGCUCAAAGUCUGUGGCCAAGAAGAGGUGCUGCAGAAUAAACACAGCCUGGGCAGCCAUGAGUACGUCCAGAACUGCAGGAAGUGGGAGAAUGAGAUCACUUUACAACUGCUCUCGCACUCAACUAUGAGAAGGGACUUGGCACGCAGUGCGGAAGAUGACAACUCUACAGUUGACUUAGAGAAGCACCUGGGCCAGGUGGAGAGGCCUUUUAAGGAGAAUGUCACCAGACAAGGCCUGGCUGACUAUUUGGAAGGCUAUCACAAUCAAGUCAACAUCUGCCUGCAAAAUGAGAGUACCCAGUACAAAACAGUGGACCGGGUGGUGCAGACUGUGAAGAACCUGUGCUGUGCUCUAGAUGAGGUGGAGACCCAGGCCAUCACAGAGGCAGUCAAAAGGCUACGACACUCUGUCAAUUUACCCAGAACGCGCUCACCCAAGAUGGGGUCCACAUCAUCUGGUCAGUCAUCAAAUGGUCUCACCAGUCCUGUGGAGGAAAGCAUGGCCUUGCUCACACAAGCUGUCUACGACCUCGCCAAGCUCUAUCUGCGCUCCUUCUGUCCUCCUUCAGCCUCCUUCAGCUCCCCUUCUUUGCCCCAGGCUGCAGAUGGGGAAGCUGUGGAGGGGAGGAGCAGCAAAGAAGCUUCUGGCACUACAGACCACCUUCAGUUCACUCUGUUCGCAUUGCACGGCAUCCCGGCCAACUGGGUCAGCAGUUACGAGAAGUACUUCCUCAUGUGUUCCCUCACCCACAAUGGCAAGAACCUGUUUAAACCGGUCCAGUCCAAGAGAGUGGGCACAUACAAAAGCUUCUUCUACCACAUCAAAUGGGACGAACUCAUCAAUUUCCCUAUAGCAGUAGCUGUGCUCCCACUGGAGUCCAUACUGAGCCUGACUCUGUUCGGGGUGCUGAACCAGAACGCCAGCAGCUCUCCGGACUCCAACAAACAGAGGAAGGCUCCAGAGCUACUGGGCAAAGUCUCGAUGCCCCUUUUUGACUUCAGACGGGUACUUGCCAGGGGCAGCAGGCUUUUGUGUCUGUGGACAUCUGCCCAGGGAGCUGCUGCUGCCGCCGGCUCUAUAGGCAGUCGCAAGAAGGUGCCUGCAGAAAGAAUUGUACUGCAGGUGGACUUCCCCAGCUCAGCAUUGGAUAUUUUAUAUGUCGGACCAAAUAAGGCCCCCACCCCAGAGCCCCACACUCUGGAGGAGCUGGAUCCGGACCUCCGACGCAAACUGGAGAAAAUCUGCAGCCGAGCUUCCAAUUUCGGGCUGAAGCGGGCAGAUCACCAGCUCUUAUGGGACCAUCGGCUCCACUGUCGGAGGGACCACCCCAGCAGCAUCCCUAAGGUGUUGGCCAGCGCGCCCAGCUGGGACUGGGCCAGCAUGGCUCACAUCCACUCCCUGCUGCACAACUGGCCUGCCCUGCCCCCCGUCAUUGCGCUGGAGCUGCUUGAUUCAAAGUUUGCAGAUACUGACGUGAGAAGUGUGGCUGUUAGUUGGAUUGAAAAGAGCAGUGAUGAUGAACUGGCUGAUUACCUGCCACAGCUAGUACAGGCUUUAAAGUUUGAGUGCCACCUAAAGAACGCCCUCAUCAUGUUCCUGCUGUCCAGAGCACAAGGCAACAUUAACAUUGCCCACUACCUCUACUGGCUGCUAAAGGACGCUGUGCAGGAUCCUGCCUGGGGGCGGCGCUAUGAGCGGGUGCUGGGUGCCCUGCUGUGUCUGUGUGGAGGCAAGCUGAGGGCGGAGCUGGAGAAACAGACUCACCUGGUCACUCUGCUGGGAGCUGUGGCCGAGAGGGUCAGACAGGCCGGGGGAUCCACACGACAGGUAGCACUGCAAGAGGGUCUUGAAAACGUUCAAAACUUUUUCCAGAGGAACAGCUGCCGGCUGCCGCUCAGCCCCAGUCUGGUGGCCAAGGAGCUAAACAUCAAGGCCUGUUCCUUCUUCAACUCCAACGCAGUUCCCCUCAAGCUGGCACUGGUCAAUGCCGACCCACUGGGAGAAGAGAUCAAUGUUAUGUUUAAGGUGGGAGAAGACUUGAGGCAGGACAUGCUGGCUCUUCAGAUGAUUCGCAUCAUGGAUCGCAUCUGGCUGCAGGAGGGGCUGGACCUCCGCAUUGUCAACUUCAAAUGCAUCUCUACUGGCAAGGACAAAGGUAUGGUGGAACUGGUGCCAUCCUCUGACACCCUCAGAAAAAUCCAAGUGGAGUAUGGUGUCACUGGAUCCUUCAAGGACAAGCCGCUGGCAGAGUGGCUCCGCAAGUACAACCCUGCUGAGGAUGAGUAUGAGAAGGCAUCAGAGAACUUCAUCUACUCUUGUGCUGGAUGCUGUGUUGCAACCUACGUGCUUGGCAUCUGUGAUCGCCAUAAUGACAACAUCAUGCUGCGCUCCACUGGUCAUAUGUUUCACAUCGACUUUGGCAAGUUCCUGGGCCAUGCACAGAUGUUCGGCAGCUUCAAAAGAGACCGGGCUCCCUUCGUUCUCACCUCUGACAUGGCGUACGUCAUCAACGGAGGCGAACGUCCCACCAGUCGUUUCCAGCUGUUUGUGGACUUGUGCUGCCAGGCCUACAACCUCAUCCGCAAGCACUCCGGGCUUUUCCUCAACCUGCUGUCACUGAUGACGUCAUCAGGACUCCCAGAGCUGACCGGCUCUCAGGAUCUAAAGUACGUGUUUGACGCCCUUCAGCCUCACAAUACAGAUGCUGAGGCCACCAUCUUCUUCACCAGGCUCAUUGAGUCCAGUCUGGGAAGUGUGGCCACCAAGUUCAACUUCUUCAUCCACAACCUCGCCCAGCUACGAUUCUCCGGUCUUCCAGCCAAUGAUGAGCCAAUCCUGUCUUUCUCCCCAAAGACAUACACUCUGAAACAGGAGGGGCGCAUCCUCCACGCCUCCAUCUUCUCCUUCCAAAAGAGAUACAACCCCGACAAGCAUUAUACAUAUGUGGUGAGGAUCCUGAGGGAAGGUCAGAAUGAGCCUCAGUUUGUCUUCCGCACUUUUGAUGAGUUUCAGGAGCUCCACAAUAAACUGACCAUCCUCUUCCCUCUCUGGAAGCUGCCGAGUUUCCCGAACAAAAUGGUGCUCGGUCGCACCCACAUUAAAGAAGUGGCAGCCAAGAGGAAGUUGGAACUCAACAACUAUGUCCACAACCUGAUGAGAAGCUCCACAGAGGUCACCCAGUGUGACCUGAUCUACACCUUCUUUCAUCCCAUUGCACGAGAUGACAAGACAGAGGGUUUAGAUGCCACGCCCAAAGCAGCUGAACCUCCACUGAGUCCCACCUCUGGUCGGGUGGAAGGAGAAGUGAAGCUCUCAAUCUCCUACAGGAACAGCACUCUCUUCAUCAUGGUCAUGCACAUUAGAGACCUGGUUUCUGAAGACGGAACAGAUCCCAACCCGUAUGUGAAAACCUACCUGCUUCCAGAUCCACACAAGACUUCCAAACGCAAGACGAAGAUCUCGAGGAAAACCAGGAACCCUACUUUCAAUGAGAUGCUGGUGUACAGUGGCUACAGCAAAGAAACCCUUGGUCUACGGGAGCUGCAACUGAGCGUGCUCAGUGCUGAGUCACUGCGUGAGAACUACUUUCUGGGCGGCAUCACGCUCAGACUCAAAGACUUUGACCUCAGCAAGGAGACGGUCAAGUGGUACAAACUAACGGCCGUUCCCUACUUCUAACUUCUACCUGCCUCUCCUGACUCUGACUCUGCCUCUUCAGACAACAGCGGCUGCGUUCAAAUCAUAUGGGAAAUGCAGCAGAUGCGACCUUACUUGAAAAUACUGGUCACCUCAGCUUUUCAGUUCAUAAAAACACUACUCCAGAACUUGGGCGUCUGGAGACGGACAUGGAUUUGUUUGGGGGGGGAUUUAAGACAUCGUUAUAUUUGAGGUAUAAGCAGCAAUAUUUUACUUUAAAAUCUAACAAACCAAAUUGACCAUUUCUUUCACAUGAAUCUUGUUGUAAUUAGUUUUCUUAAGGCGUCAUAGCAGAGUACGGUUGUGCUUGUUGCUGAAAAACAUGUAUCACAAACUACAUAUAUGUUGACUUGAUUCUGCGGACUUUUAUAAUGAGUUUGCAUGUAAUUAUCAUGUUGCUCCAGAGGUUCUUCCCAUAUGGCAUGAAUGCGUUAAAAACUCUCUCAGAUGCACCCUCAAAGGGCGACCAAACAGGCCAUUUCACAAACCCUGAAAGGGGGGGCAUGGUCUCCAUUCUUCACUGUUUUUCUUUCUCCCUUUCUAACUAAUCAAGAUUGUUUUUGUGGCAAACAAUCUCCUUAUUUCGUCUCUCUUUUUCCUAAAGUAUAACGAAGAGCUGUAAUGUUUUGUACAUUUUGAUAUUAGAGGACCAAAACAGCUUACUUUCAGAAGAGUAUAUAUAGAUUGACACAUUUAUUUUUUAAGGAAUAGAAAGGGGGCUCAUUUUUACAUUUUCCUUGUUAUUUUCUAUAUAGACAAAUAGAAGGCAUCAGGGUUUCCUGCUUUGCAGCAGACACUUCUGGGUAGAGUAGUCCAACACACCAGAUUCCAGGAAAUCAGUGACUUUACGAUUCCUCAAAAAUGUGCCAAACGUAAUGAAAAGGACGGCAAAUCAAACCACUCUCCCAAGUAGGGAGCUGAUCAGGGUGCCUUUGUUUGUGCUCACAAUCUCUUUUUAAUGCUCAACUUGGCCUUAUUACUAUAUAUAUUUUAUUAACAAUGUGAUAUGUCCUUAUUAAAAAAAAAAAAAAAAUCUAUAUUCUAUAAAGCUAUAUCAGUAGUUCUUCCAGAGCAGGUCUGGUGCCAGACCAGAACCAGAAAGGUUUUUUGUAACAGUGGAAUGCCACUAAAUGCACACUACUAGGUCUUUUGCUCGUGGUAUUACUUGACUAUUUUCACACAGCACACCUUAAAGGGGAAUUUGUAUCAUAAGCUUCGAAACACGUUCUGUCUCUGCUCUGGAUGGAAAUUAUGGGUGCCCAGUAACGCUGAUCAGAAAUCAGUUGAGUGCUUCCUUCAGGUGGUUCAAAACCACAAUUCAGGAGCUGCUCCUGGAGUCUGGACGUGAGGCUGUUUCAGCUCAGGCAGCAAUACCACACUCACUCCCAGAGCCUAACAGUGGUGUAAUGACGCCGUCAUGAGUGACUGGGUUAAAAGUUAACAAUAACUGCCAGUGAAGUCCAGAACCAGUCAGGUUUUAUGAGUGAGAGAAUGUUCUGAAUGUUCAGAAAUGAUCCAGAUCAGCGCUGAAAAGGCAACUUUAACCGAAUACAUCUUCACAAAAAAGGGAACAAGAUCCUGAGCAAGACAUUAGCUGCUUUCCUCUCCACUUGCUAACUUUAAAUCUAAAGUUGUUGUUCAUGUUUAAUAAAGAAAGUAAGAUGAAUUUAUCCGAAAAGGUUUUUAAAGAUCUACAAGACAGUUAUGAUGUCACACUAUGAAUAUUAGUGGCUUGAUCCGCUCUUUUAGUAACUGUACAAAGAAAGCAAGCAGAGUUUGUAUUAACAUGGCCAGUUAUUUAUUCUUAAUUGGUGACCUCUAGCCCGAAUGGAUCAGUGUGUACUGUAAUCCCUCUUUCCUAAAGCAAAUUAAAUGUUUUUGGAACAAAG